UCCAUAGUCAUCCCCCAGAAACCGGUCGCAAUGGGUCGCUUAUCCCCAGAAGCCUUCAAUGAGUUUCCAGUCUCACAGGGCAUCUUUGGCAUGCCUUCGAUGGCUAACGGGUUGGACGUGCAGCAGCUGUUGGUGGAGGUCGGAAAAUCUUUGGCUGAUGCAGAUGUGAAAGCUCAGCGAGUGAUUGGUCUCUCGGAGUCCCAGCGAGUGCGCAUGUUUACUGAAAAGGCCUUGGGCAACAUCCAGCAUGCGAGAGAACUCCACGCGCAAGUGGAAGACUCCGUGGCGAAUGUGGGCAUUGGAAUGCCCAGAGAGGAGCAGGUGACUCAUGACGUUGCCAAAGGAUACCAAGUCUUGGUCCAGCGACCAGGACAGCGUCGAGGUCGACGCUUCACGGCGUAUCGAUCGGCUGAGGAUGGUUGCGUGUACUGUGGGCGCUACAUGUUGGACAUUGAUGCAACUGGGGCUGAGAUAUGUUGGCGACAAAGGAGCGACAGGCAGCAGGUCUCCAUCUGGAGUCCGGCCACUUUUUUUGAGCCCACAGAGCCCACAGAACCGGAGGAGUGCACGGCCGGCGCAAGCGGCAUCACCUGCUGCCUCCGAUGCCCAAGCUGCGGAGAAGGAAUCGCACCCAAGGAGCGCCGAAGACAAUGGAUCCUUCCACUCUUCCUGGCCAUGGCGAAGCACAUGGCGGAGAGACAUCAACUUGCCGAGUUGCAAAGCGCAAAGAUCCGUUUUGCCAGCAAGAUCUUGACAAAGUUGGAGAGUUCUUUGGCAGUGGAACUUUUCAUGGACCAUUUUCUGGAAGAACCUUGGAUGUUGCUUUGCUGCUGUUGCAUGCUUCUCGAACUGGAACAGCCGCUGUGGGCACAACGACUGUUCCACGUGGGCGCCAAGCAAACGACCGCCUUGCUGCGCUACAUCUCUUUGCCCCUGGCCUCCGACCUCACUGCUUGCGCUUCACCAUGGACCCCGCGGCUGGCGCGGGAUAUCUUUGGACCGGUGAAGAAUGAUGCCCUGCGACUACCAGAAGAAGUGACGGUGCACUUUGUUGAUACUGCAGAGGGCCUGCAAAUUGCCAUGCAGCAGUUGAGUGCAACCAAGAUGAUCGGACUUGACUGUGAGCAUAGCGGUUUCGGGGCUCAUGCUGAAAUAUCUCUUAUGCAGCUGGCGACAUUCUGGCAGUGCUUCAUCAUUGACGUGCUGACCUUGGAGCGCUCCCUUUGUGACCCUUUGCUGGCCAUGUUGAGCACCAAGGUUCUGUUGGCCUUUGACUUCCGCUCGGAUGCCGUCCUCCUUGAAGCACUCGGAAGCCAUUUGGAGCCCCUGGAUCUCCGGGACGGAACGGACGGAACGGGAGGUCUGCGACAUCUCGUCCAACGUGCUCUGACAAGAGAACUCUGCAAGGUGGAGCAGUGCAGCUGCUGGGGACGCAGGCCUCUUCGUGGCAGCCAGCUUCACUAUGCAGCACUGGAUGCCUGGGUAUUGCUGCCGUGUGCAAAAUACCUACAGGUGAUUUAAGCGACUCAUUUUGGAACAGGAUGAUGCCUGCGGCGCGCCAGCCGCGCGCACAAAAAAGGGGUGUUGAUGCAGCGAUUGCCCUG